UUUUUCAAUAGAGAGGUGAAUGGUGAAUUGGAUCCAUAUAUACCCACUCUCCAGUCUCCAUCUCUCUCUCUCUCUCUCAAGAUUCCAAAACCGCGUCGGUGAAAUAAACCCAGACGCGGAGCUAGAGUGAGAAAGCGGGGGAUAAAACCUCCGUUCAUUGUAUAGUGGUGGCACCACGAAGGAGAAAGCUAUUCAAGAAUUUGAGGCAUUUCUGCAAACACCAUUAAGGCCGGAAUAUGGCUAGGCCGCAGCAGCGUGGUUUAUCCGGUGGGGGUAGUUGCCGGUUCUCAGGGAACGGCCAGGAUUUCUGGGAUGAUUCACAGAUGAAAGAAAAGAUAGAGAAGGAAGAUUUGGAGCAGAGUGGAUCAGCUUCUGAUCAAAGCUACUUGUCUGUAAUAUCCCCUUUAAGGAUUCUUUUUCCAGAUAGUUCACCUUCUAAAGGUGUUGGUAUUGGUGAAAAUGGUUUCUUAUCUGAUCCCUUCAACCCGGGGGGGAAUGGGAGAAGUCGAUUUAAGUUCACCUUACUUGUGCUCAGAUUUAGUUUAAUUGCCAUUGUAGUUCUUUCUCUUGCUGGGUCCUUUUUUUGGACCAUGUCGAUAACAAAGUCAUCCAAAGUUCGAAUAUAUCAUGGGUAUAGGAGGCUUCAAGAGCAAGUGGUGUUGGAUUUGAAGGACAUUGGACAGAUUUCUCUUGGUUCUGCUAAACCGAAGGAUCUUGAUUACUGUCCUCCUGAGAACGAGAAUUAUGUGCCGUGCUUCAAUGUUACUCAAAGCCUUGGAUUAGGCUUUUCUGACGGGGAAGAGUAUGAUCGACAUUGUACGCCUAGGUUCCAAGAAAGUUGUCUGGUUCCUCUGCCCGUUAAUUACAGAAUUCCUCUUAGGUGGCCUACUGGAAGGGACGUUAUCUGGCUUGACAAUGUUAACAUCACGGCACAGGAGGUACUCUCUUCUGGGAGUUUGACGAAGAGGAUGAUGAUGUUGGAGGAAGAGAAGAUCUCGUUUCGUUCAGAAUCUUCCAUGUUCGACAGUAUUGAAGACUACUCACAUCAAAUUGCCGAAAUGAUUGGGCUAAGAAACGAAUCCAACUUUGUGCAAGCUGGGGUUCGACUCAUCUUGGAUAUUGGAUGCGGUUUUGGUAGUUUUGGUGCACAUCUGUUCUCCAGCCAACUAUUAACUAUGUGCAUUGCAAACUACGAGGCUUCUGGCAGUCAAGUUCAACUUACUCUCGAAAGAGGCCUUCCCGCAAUGAUUGGUUCAUUUAAUUCGAUGCAAUUGCCUUAUCCGUCUCUCUCUUUUGAUAUGAUCCAUUGUGCCGAAUGUCACAUUGACUGGGAUCAGAAAGAUGGUAUUCUUUUGAUCGAAGUGGACCGGAUACUAAGACCUGGAGGAUAUUUCGUCUGGACUUCAUCUGUUAUGAAUGCCCGACGGUCACUUCGCAACAAAGAAAAUGAGAAAAAAUGGAACUCCGUUCGUACUUUUGCAGAAAAUCUCCACUGGGAGUUGUUGUCACAGCAAGAUGAAACUGUUGUUUGGAAGAAGACGAGUGAAAAGAAGUCUUAUUCUACCAGGAAAACCAGUUCGGGCCCUUCUCUCUGCAGUAAAGGCAAUGAUAUCGAAUCUCCAUAUUAUCGACCACUUCAGAAAUGCAUUGGAGGAACACAGAGCCAGCGGUGGAUUCCAAUUGAAGAAAGGACUAAAUGGCCUUCCCGGGCUAGAUUGAGCCCAAUGGAACUUAAAGUGCAUGGUUUGCAGUCUGAAGAUCUUGCUGAAGAUUCUCUUAACUGGAACUCCGCAGUUAACAACUAUUGGUCACUGCUCUCACCGUUAAUCUUCUCUGAUCAUCCAAAGAGACCCGGGGACGAGGAUCCUUCCCCGCCCUAUAACAUGCUUAGGAAUGUUUUAGACAUGAAUGCUCAUUUCGGUGGUUUCAACGCUGCUUUGUUGGAAGCUGGAAAAUCUGUGUGGGUCAUGAAUGUGAUCCCCACCAGUGCCCCCAAUUACCUUCCUCUAAUCCUUGAUCGGGGAUUUGUUGGUGUAUUACAUGAUUGGUGUGAACCAUUUCCAACGUAUCCAAGAACUUAUGAUCUAGUGCAUGCUGACGGGCUUCUAUCGCUUGAAUUCACUCAUCAUAGCAGAUGUGGGAUGCAAGAUCUGUUCACUGAGAUAGAUCGUGUACUUCGUCCAGAGGGUUGGUUUAUCCUACGCGACACAGUUCCUCUCGUCGAAUUAGCAAGAGUCCACGCAGCACGGUUGAAAUGGGAUGCUCGGGUUGCAGAGAUCGAGAGCACUAGCGAUGAGAAACUCCUAGUUUGCCAGAAGCCUUUCAUCCGAAGACAAGCAAGCUAAAACUGUGAGGGUGAUCAUGAUUGCAGAUGGUAAUUUAUACAUUCAUUUUAAGGAUCUGAAUUCACAGGAGAUAAAAUUCCAACCAAAAAAAGAAAAAAAAGAAAAAGAUGGAAUUCAAAGUUUUGAGGAAAAGCAAGGAAAGGAAGAGAGGUUCUGUGGAGCCGUAAGGUAUACAUAGGACAAUGUAAUUAGAGAAAAGUUUAGGACUUAGUUUCCCUCUCUCAGUUUAAGUAUACAACCAUCCAUGUAUUCAUCUUACGUAACAAGUGAAAUGCCUUUUGGAAUAAUAUAUAAAUUAUAUUGAAUCA